AAAUGCGCUUUAAAUGCUUAAAACUAAUAUUUUGGGUUAUGUCGGUCUGGGCUUGCUGACACUUAUCGCCGUAGUCGCGGCGCAACACGAGCCACACUGGUGGGCUGAGCGAAAUACCAUUGUACAUCUCUUCGAAUGGAAGUGGACGGAUAUAGCCAGAGAGUGUGAGCGCUUUUUAGCGCCGCGCGGUUAUGCCGGCGUACAGGUCUCACCCGUCGCUGAGAAUGUAGUGGUCGCUGGACGGCCGUGGUGGGAGCGUUAUCAGCCGGUCUCGUACAAACUGAUUACACGUUCCGGCAAUGAGACCGAGUUCGCCGAUAUGGUGCGCAGAUGUAACGCUGUUGGCGUGCGUAUUUACGUCGAUGUGCUGCUCAAUCAUAUGGCUGCCUCGUAUGAUGGUGUCGUCUCUGGUACGGGCGGCUCGAUUGCCUAUCCAAAUGCGAAGUACUUUCCCGCCGUGCCUUAUACAGAGCAGGAUUUUCAUUCGACCUGUGAUAUACAGGAUUGGAAUGACCGUUUUCAAGUGCAAAAUUGUGAGUUGGUGUGCCUGAAAGAUUUGGAUCAGACUAGUGACCGUGUACGUGCAAAACUGCUAGGGUUUCUGAAUCACCUCAUUGAGUUAGGUGCGGCGGGGUUCCGUGUAGAUGCUGCCAAGCAUGUGCCGGCGAAAGAUUUGAAGCUAAUUUAUGAGAGCAUGCAUGAUCUGAACAUCGCGCAUGGUUUCGCGCGCAAUACGCGUCCUUUCGUCUAUCAAGAAGUCGUCGAUUAUGGUUUCGAACAGAUCAGCAAAUACGAGUAUAGUCCGCUGGGCGCUGUGACAGAGUUUCGUUUCUCGGAGGAAAUAGGUGGUGCGUUUCGUGGUUAUAAUCAAMUUAAGUGGCUGCGUAAUUGGGGUCCUGAGUGGAGCUUCUUACCCUCUGAGCACGCUUUCGUCUUUGUCGAUAAUCACGAUAAUCAGCGCGAAGGUAACAAUGUGCUCACAUAUAAAAAUGCCAAACAAUACAAAAUGGCCAACGCUUUUGCCUUAGCCUACCCCUACGGCAUAAUGCGCGUGAUGAGCUCUUUUGAUUUCCAAGAUCAUGAUCAGGCACCACCAGCCGAUGAAAAUGAACAAAUACUCUCACCAGAGUUCGACGGUUUUAUCGCCUUCAAUGGUAACAGCUGGGAUCUGAAGGAGCGUUUACAUACUUGUCUGCCUGCGGGUGUUUACUGUGAUGUGAUCUCUGGUGCGCUGUUGAAUGGAAAAUGUACGAGUAAAACGGUGGUUGUGGAUGACUGGGGAUACGCCGACAUUGAUUUGGGUGCAAAUGAGUUCGAUGGCGUAUUGGCCAUACAUCUAAAUGCCAAGUUAGAAGAACGCAAAGAGCGUAAGGCAGAAAAAAUGGAACGAAUGCUGAUAAUGGAGAUUUAUUCCGAGUGUCAUGUGUACUAUGUAUUGCAAAAUCAGUUGCCGUUUAUACAGUUAAGUGAAACUGAAACCAUAUUUGCGAAAAAGAAAGAAAAAGUUUUGAAUAUUGACUCUCCAACUGCGGAGAAAAAGAUUAUUUUUAAUACGCCAAAUAGUAGUAAUAAAGUAGCAUAUAUUUUAGAUAAUUUAAGUAUGCCGUAUUAUUUAUAGUGUGACUUCUUGUUCCUAGCGCUGCGCCGAUUGUUUUUUGCCCGASAUUGUCGUAAGGAAAACACAAGUGUUCAUUUACUGCCAUAAGACUCAAAUGAGUUUUUUAAAGUUACAUCGCAAAUACUACCAGUCUCUUUGAAUCACGUGUAUAGUUUAGUUAGUAAUAUAGUGAGAUGAGAGCAUGCCCGUCGAUUCGAACAUAAGUGUGAUCUGACCAAUCGACGAAAAAAGAGACUCCACAAUCUGCACUAAUUGCCGGGGGACAAGCCACCUUAAUAUCGCAUAUAAGGAAUUAUCGAGCGUAGUGUGUGAAAUAUCGAAGCCCACCGUCAACAAACUGAUUGGACCUUAUUAGUGUGACUUUAGACCUACAGUUGCCAGAUAUUCACCAUGCGCCAAAUCUUGGAAAAACCCCGUCAAGGCAAGAUUGAAAUACAACACCUCCUCGCCGAUUUUAAAGACAUCUUCGACAGCACGAAAAAUCACUUUCUUAUGUCGCUAUUUCGGAACUUGGUAUUCCUUCAAAGAAGAUACGGCUAUAUAACCAUAUCAAUUCCC